AUGAGUCUCACGUCUCGCGUCGUGCGCGCUCUUUGCUUGGCCCUCGCCACCCCCUCCUUGGCCAUCGGCCCCCGGUUGGUCUGCGAUACGAAUGAGUUCGUAGAGAAGCUCUGGCCCACCUACGCCGCCGCGCACGCCGCCGCGGUCGCGGCGCUCCGGAACGACGCGGCGCCGGGCGCCUGGCGCGGCCAUAGGUAUUUGGUGUGCAGCGUGUCGAACAGGGGCCUCGGCAACAAGCUGCUCUUCGAGCUGAUGCCGUGCGCGCGCGUCGCGUUCGCCACCGGGCGGGCGCUCGUCGUGCGCACGGAGCGGCACAUCGCCGAGGCGCUCGGGGGCGUCGACUUCGCCGCGGCGCCGGGCGAGGCGCCCGCGAUAGCGUGGCUCGCGCCAGGGCUCGCCGACGCGUGCCCUGGGAGCCCGGGUUCCUGCCAGAGCCACGAGCUCGUCUGCGACCGGCGGCGGCCCGCACACCUCCCGGCGCUCUGCGGCCGGCGCCUCGGCCACCCGGGCGUGGCCGACGCGGCGGGGGACGCGCCGGUGGUCGCCCUGAACUGCAACACCCACCCGGCGUGCGGGCGCGCGGUCCGGGAGCGCGGCCGCGCCGCGGGCCGCUGCGACGGCGUCCUGGCGGCCGCCUUCUUCCCGCUCGCCGCCGGCGUCCGCGACGCGGCCGCCACGUUCGUGCGGCGCACCGCGGGCGGCGGUGGCGCCUACGCCGCGUUCCACGUCCGCGUGGGCGAGCGGGAGGCCCUCGAGGUCUUCGAGACGGCGGUCUGGGGCCUGCUCGAGCGCGCCCACAAGGAGCCUACGGCCGCCGACUGGCAGUGCUACGCCGCCCGGUACCCGGACGUUGGCGCUGCGUUUGGCCGCAACGUCGGGGCGCUCGCGCGCCACCACUACCGGCACGGCUUCGCCGAAGGACGCAACCCGUACUGCGAGGCGGCACUACACGGCGACGCGUUGGUCGAGGCCGCGUUCGGCGCGCUGAACGCCUCGCGCGCCCGGGACCCCGGGUUCGUGGGCGUGGUCCUCCGCAAGUUCCACGACGCGGUCGCCAUCGCGCGACGCGCCGGCGGACCGGUCGUCGUCCUCUCGGACUCGGCCGCCGUCGCGCCGCUCCUCAGGCGCGCCUACCCCGCGGUCCGCCUCGUCGCGCCCCCCGGCGAGCCCGGCCACGUCGAGCCGGCGGCGCUCCUGCGCAAGGCGCUCUUCGACCUCCUGGUCAUCGGCGCCGCUGCUGACCUGCGCGCCUCGCACCACUCGACGUUCCACGCCAGCGCUCGGAAGCUCUUCGCGCCGAGCCCGAUCCACAAGCUCCGCCCGCGGCCGCCGCCGCCACCGGCGCUCGCGCGCGUCGUCCUCAUCGACGUCCGGCCCGACGUCGACGAGCGCCACGCCUCUAAAUUGCACGCCGUCGCGGCGAACCUCUGCGAGAAGCUCCCCGGCACGCCCGUCGUCUUCUUCCACCACUCCGCGGCGGCGGCGGCGGCCGCCGCGCUCGCGCGGGCGCACGCCUGCGUGGCCGCGACGACCGCCGUCGACGCGCAGAUCCCGGGCCUCGAGGGGUUCAGCGUCGGGAAAAACGUGGUCCAGUACAACGCGCUGCUGAAGACGGAGGCGUUCUGGAGGAGCACCGGCGCGGACCGCGACACGGUGCUCCUCGCCCAGGCGGACUCGGGCGUCUGCGGCGCCGGCGCCGCCGUCGAGGCGUUCGCGCGCUACGACUACUGCGGCGCGGUGACGCGCUUCGGCGUUGCCUGGGCCCCGACGCAGAACGGCGGCUUUUCGAUCCGGAACGUCGGCUGCAUGCGGCGCGUGAUUCGGGCGUUCGCGGCAGGCGCGUUCCGCGACGGCAACACCCGCCGCGGCGGCCUCGCGCGAGUUGCCGAGGACGCGUUCUUCACGCAGGGCGCGGCCCUGUUCUGCGACAAGUGCCCCGCGGCGGUGGCGCACGAGUUCGCCGAGGAGACGCUCCACGUGCACAACGCGACGACGCGCGAACCCGUGUGGACAUCAACGAACGCGUCGCGAAAGUUUUCUUUCCACGCAGGCGCGCCUGGGGCUUCCACAAGAACUGGAACUACGGUCGGCACGCCGCGCGCCGGGAGGCGUGGGAAAAGGCGGGCGGCGGGCCCGCGCCGCCGCCGUACGACCCCGACAUCGCGACCUGCGCCGCCAACCGCGCCCUGGCCGACCUCCACGUCGCCCCGGCCGCCCACGGCGGCGGGCCCGCGACGGAGACGCGUUCCGCGACGGACACGGCCGCAACCGCCGCGGUCCCCCCCGUCCGCGUCCACGCGUGGAUCCACCCCGGCCGCGACGGCUUCGGGAGCCAGUUCUUCAACAAAAUGGCGGUCUUCGGGGCGUGCCGGCUCGUGCCGGACGACGGGUGCUGCUACAUCCACACCACGAUAAAAAAAAUGGCGCACGGCGUCGACGUCGGCGCCGCCGAGGCGGUGACGGGCCUCCGGUCCGACGCGCGCUGCGCGUCGCGCCACCCGCAGACCCUCCCGCGAGCGAUCACGCCCGAGUUCUCGAGGGCCAGGAGGGCCGACCGCGAGCUCGCCACGAGGCUAGACGUGCUCGCCCACCCCGCCGUGCGACGGGAGCUGCGGAAGCUCUACGACGCCGCGAUCUACGUCGGAAGCCGUACGCCCGUCCGCCGGCCCGCGCCGCGCGAUUGCGAGUACCGGAUGCACGUGCGGCGCGGCGACGCCCGGUACCACAAAAAACGUAACGUCCUGUGUGGAGAUUUGAUGCCAUCGACGCGACGUCGCCCCCCGUAACUGGAGAGGAUCACGAAGGUCUCCGAUACCUAGCUCACUGGUUGACUUCCGCACACAGGUAAAGUCGCCUCGAACGAAUCCUACGUGUGUCUCGCGGAGUCGAUCCGCCGGCGGGACGCGACCGCGAAGAUCUGCGUCUUCAGCGAGGGCUCACCCGCGGACUUCGGCGCGCUGGCCGGUGCGCCCGGCGUCGAGCUCGUCCUCGGCGGCGACGCGCUCGAGACGUUCCACCACCUCGUGACGGCGCCGCACCUGUUCAUAAGCUCCUCGACGUUCGGACUCGCGGCGGCGGUCCUGGCGACGCAGGCGAAGAUAUACACGGCGCCCGUCGGCGACUUCGCGUCGCAGCUCGCCGGCUGCUGGGGCGAGUGCGACUGCCCGGGGGUACGGAGGAAGCUCACUGGGCCCCACGGCUGGCCGUGUUGCGGGCCGCCGCCGGACGCGCGCGCAUUUCUUGCGCGCCACGAUCCUUGGGCACGCUUCGGCCUCGAGGCGCCACACGCGUAACUUUAACUUUGUUUGGUGCCUUUGUGCGGAAGGAAAGCUCGAGAGAGACGUUAGCACAGGGGAAAUACGGGGAAU